AGAGCCACAUACUCCAAGGGAGAGGUGAAGAGAGAAGCUGGCCGCAGGACUCGUUUUCCAGAAGAUAGGGCUACUUGUUUGAUCCAUAACUUGAUCUUCACUCGUCCAAAUAAGGAGUAUGAUAUACCAAAAGAAAUCUCUCAAGACGAGGAAUCCGUGAAGGUCUGGUUUGCAGAAAUCGGAGUAGUGGAAGGCUUCCAAACCGUCCGAGCAAAACACAACCUCGCAGGAGAGGAUUUAAUCUUCUAAAGAAACGAGUUAACCGGAAAACACCCAUUCUAGGGGCUGUUUUCGUAUCAACGAUUAAGGGUUGAACUAGCACUUUGAGGAGGCUUUUUAACACUCAUAUUUGAGCAAGGAAUUAGUUCCAAAUCCACCUUGACCAAAGCUUUGACCAUUGGACCAAGAAGGGAAAGUUUAAAGCUCAAUUGAGGUUGAGGCUUGAGCUUGCAUCCUGCGCUUGUUGAUCGGGUGAAUCCGUGGAGAGAAGACUUGGUUCGUGCUUCCUCCAUUCUAUUUGAAACAUUAACAAAUUUGCUCAUGGAUAUUUUAUUAUAGAGCCUGCGUGCUCAUGAAUAGCCCUGUGUGGCCCUUUUGUUUUAAACAAUGUUUUCUGCUGCUUUAUGAAUUACUUAUUAUGUUGUUUAUGGAUGACUUAUGUGUGAAUGAUAUUCAUGACGCCUUGUAUAAUAUGAAUGUGUUGGACUGCGGUUGACUAUUCGUAUUGUACGGCGGGUUGUUGACGUGUCCGGGGAGGUCCGGGGCGUGACAAUUAAGUUGGUAUCGGAGCCAGGUUCAUAAACAUCAUAGUGAAGUCUCAAAAUUCUCUUUUCAAAAUGAUUUUGAAAACCAUGAGCAUAAACGUUUUGUACUUGAAGAGCUUUUGGUGCUUGAGUUGCAAGGUCUCUAAUUGUUAAGAUGGUACCCUUAGCAAUUGGUAUGGCGGUGACUCGAGCCAAAAUGUGUCUUAAGUACCUAUCCGUCAAUUGACAUUUGAUACGAGUCAAACGACUCUUUCCAAAAUUUCUUUCAGACAUGGACCGUGGUGGCAAGGUUACUAGGAGAAACCCGACUGGCCGUGUACCAGUGGAGACUGGACAGGGCAGUCGAAGGACCUCUAGAGCAUCUGGAGGGGCUGGCCGUGGAGGCCGAUCACAGACCGUGAGCGACGGUCAUGUGAGCACCGAGAACGAGAGCUACUGGUCCUAUGAGGACUCGACCUAUCGGCCGGAAACAGAGCCGGUUGAGACCCCUUAUGAAGGGGAUGAUGACGAUGUAAGUGAUGAGGAGGAAAAUGGCUCCUUGGCACGGAUUGAGGCGUUACUCCAACAGUAUCACCGUGAGCGUGAAGAGAGGAGGGAACGCCGAAGGCGCCGGGCUGGGCAACCUUCGGGCAUGGCUUCAAGAGGAGGAAGUCAUGGUGCAUCGAGAGUCCAUGUGGAACCACAUGGAGGCCAAAAUGAUGGAGGUCCAACUAUAAGGAUCUCCAAAUUUAUCAAAGAAGCAAGAGAUUUGGGGUGCAAACCCUUUGAUGGUAGUUUAAUGAUAUGUCAAUUCUAGGCAUAGGGUUGCUUGAGAAUUGGACCUUAAUGCAUGGUGAUGUGAUAGAGCCGAGCUCUAGAAUGCAUGUAAGGUGUAGACUUGGAGUCUAUGUAUUGUAUAGCUAGAGCCGAGCUCUAGGACUUGCGUGGUGAUGUGAUAGAGCCGAGCUCUAGAACGCAAGGUAGGGAAAUUGACCCGAGGUAUAUGAAUUGUAUGGUGAUGUGGUAGAGCCGAGCUCUAGAAUACAAUGUCAUGUACUAGGGUUGGACUCUAGGAGUUGUCGUGGCUUAUAGUCACGGGGUUGGGAAUGGUGAUUUCCAAAUGAACAUGGGCCCACGGGCCGGCUACUUGACUUUUAUAUAAAGUAAGUAUAUUUUUAAA